CUUCUCCCUUUAUGCUUCUCUCGAUUCCCCGUAUUACAUGGAAAGCUAUAAGAAGAUAUUCUACAAAAACUUCUUUAUUACAGUCCACUCGUAUUUCCCCUACACUUGAAAAGAAACUAGAACGAAUAUCUGAACAACAUGACUCUCUCCUUUACCAACUGUCUAACAAUCAACUUAAUCCAACAGACUUAGCCACAGCAUCGAAGAAAUUAUCAGAUCUUACAACAACAAAAUCAUUAUUUGACGACUGGCGAAAAUGUACUCAAGAUCUAUCUGAUCUACAGGAUCUUUUAGCAGUACAAGAUCAAGAAGACGAUAUGUUAGAAUUGGCCAAAGAAGAAUAUGAAGAUAUCAUGUCUAGGAUAGGUGUCAUUGAAAAGGAUUUAAUUUAUGAACUUGCUCCUAAAGAUGCUGCUGAUGAUGCAAGUGCCAUUCUCGAAAUUCGGUCAGGUGCUGGUGGUGAUGAAGCUUCGUUGUUCUCCUCUGAUAUGGCUAGGAUGUAUGAACGUUUUGCUCAACUGAAGAAAUGGAAAUGGGAAUUAUUAUCAAAAUCUGAAGAUGUUGGCGGAAAAGGUCUCAAGGAUAUCACCGUGAAUAUUUCUGGUAGGAAUGUUUUUGGUCUAUUGAAAUAUGAAUCUGGUGUUCAUAGAGUUCAACGUGUUCCUGCGACAGAAUCACAAGGUCGAAUUCAUACAUCCACCAUCACUGUUGCUAUGUUACCACAACCUACAGAAGUAGAUGUACAAAUUAGGGAUUCAGAUUUAAAGAUUGAUCUUUAUCGUGCAUCUGGUGCAGGUGGACAACAUGUGAAUACAACUGAUAGUGCGGUUAGAAUGACUCAUAUACCAACUGGUUUGGUAGUUUCUAUGCAAGAUGAAAGAUCACAACACAAGAAUAAAGCCAAGGCGUUGAAGGUACUUCGUGCAAAGAUAUUUGAACUAGAACGGGAAAAAACUCAAUCGGCUAGACGGGAUUCAAGAAACAAACAAAUUGGUACUGGUGAUCGAUCGGAAAAGAUUCGAACUUAUAACUUCCCUCAGAAUCGUGUGACAGAUCAUAGAAUUAAUUUGACAGUUUAUGAAUUAGAACAUAUUUUAUCUGGUGAUGGACUUGAAAAUAUCAUUGAACCCUUACAAGAAUAUUAUUUAUCUCAAUCCCUUUUAGAUGAAUAAACUGUAGAGACCUUUUUAUAUACAAAAAUAAAAUAGAUAUUCAAAUUCCGAAUCA